AUGGUAAACACAUGUUCAGGUCUUCCACCCGCAAGCUCAUCCGCUCCAAACCAACCCCCUCCUGAGGAUAUCUCUGUUCCUCAAGAGGAAUCAUCAAAAGUGCCAGAGCCCCAGCCAGCAGUCGUCACUACUGGAGCCUUUGAAGAGCUCAGACAACAGGUCGCCACACUGACUCAGCUGCUAAGUCAAAGAAAUUCGCAUCCGUCACCCACACCGGCACCCCAGGGGGGUUUUAUGGCUGAUGCUCGAGCUCGAGCUCAUGUCCCUGACAAUGGCGGAGCACGGGCCUCGGGUAUACCACAUGUGACCUCGGCCUCGAGAUCAGUGACCAUGGAGUCCGGAGAACUCGCUAGGAUUAUUCAAGAAGGAAUUACGGCGAGACUACUUCACGGCAACAAAGGGACGACAAGAUUCAGUCCCAACACUCCAUUUACUCCCGAGAUAUUAACAUUCCCCUUGCCAGACAGAUUUAAGUAUCCUAGGAUCAAAGAAUAUGAUGGGACCACCUAUCCAAUCAAUCAUCUGAACAUAUACACGGACGUCAUGAACCUACAGGUUGCACCAGAUCAGUUCUCCGCUUUCUUCGCAAGCAGCAAACGCAUCAGGAAAACAGCGGCUUCCCUCAUGCAACUUAGACAAGGGCAAAAUGAGACCCUACGUGACUUCAUGACCAGGUUCAACAAGGAAAGACUUCAGAUUCCCGACCUACACAUAACUGCAGCAGUUUCUGCCCUCACACAUGCCAUAAAGUGCGAGGCCUUCAAGAUGUCUUUAUCCAAAACUCCACCAAAGACAGUCACCGAGCUUCUUACCCGAGCCGAGAAAUACAUAAAUAUGGAGGAAACACUGAACCCGAGAAAGGUUGGACCAUCCCAUAACAGGGUCGAGCAUAAAAGACAACAGGACCCGAACCACCGUGAAGAACAACAUCGGAAAAAACAGAGACAGGAGGUUCUCCCCAUGCCGUUCACGCGUUUAAAUACGUCAAAGACCAAUAUAUUAAUGGAGAUCAAGGAUAUGAAGGAACUGAAAUGGCCUGUCAAAAUGAGGUCACCACCCGAAUCCAGGGACAUGAACAAGUAUUGUGAGUUCCAUCGAGAUCAUGGGCAUACCACGGAGAACUGUAAGGCCCUGCAACGGGAGAUUGAAGCCCUUAUUAAAAGAGGACUCCUGAGCUCCUACGUUGGUAACGAUAAACGCCCGAGGAAUGAUCGUAGCAGGGAAAAAGACCCUGAGGCAAAAAGGGAUGGUCAACCCACUGCUGGAACCAUCAAUAUCAUCAUUGGAGGUAUUGCCUCGGGAGGAGACUCCAACAGUGGAAGAAAACAAUAUGCCCGACGAUAUGCCUUGGCCUCUGGGAUGCCUCAUGGAAAGCUGGAGGAUAUUACUUUUGGGACCGAAGACUUAGAAGGCGUAUCACUCCCACAUGAUGACGCCUUGGUAAUCUCAGCGAUUUUGGCCAAUUUUGAAGUAAAGAGGAUCUUGGUUGACAACGGGAGUGCGGCCAAUAUACUUUCACAAGAAGCUUUUGCCAAAAUGGGAAUCUCAUUUCAGCAGCUCAAAGCGGUUAAAACUCCUCUCCAGGGGUUUGGGGGAGGAGUCAUCACUCCAGAGGGUGUCGUCGAGCUCCCUCUAACUUUGGGUUCUGGCUAG